UUCGCCGUUUAGUUGUCUUUUGACUGCUGUAACUGACAGUCGCAAAUUUUCCCGCAACUCAGAGAUUCGAGCGCUUCGAAUGCGAAGAGGAAAACCUUCGCUUUUCAAACACACAUAACAAAAAAAAACCCAACUAAACCAAACAACAAAACAAAAUAGCCAGCAACAAAAAUCAAUUGUUCAAACGUAACUGUAACUGCAGCGUUCGCGCCAACCGACCGCCGCCUGCCCGCUCGCCCGCCCACUUUUCCGCCCACCGCCCACCGUCCGCGCCGCCGUCGCGUCGGUAAUUAAACGCUUUGCUAGCGAUCAAAAGUGCAAUCCCACAAUCCCAAAAUAUCAAACAAAUAAAAUGCGUUACAAAGAGUUCUUCUGAAGCAACGAAAAUCGCGCGAAAAAAUCUCGCUGUUCAAGUGGCCUUACAUUAUGAUAAUUCAUUAAAAUGUCAAUUAAUUAAUCCAAAUAUCUGGUGGCAUCUGACAGCCUUUGGUCGGCUCUUCCCGCCCUCCCCUGACCACGCCCCCAAACCCCCCAUGAAGAAAAGUGCCUGAAAGUUUAUACAUACAUAUAUUUACACAAGAAUUUUAGAUACUAAGUGAAUAUAUCUCAAAUUAACUGAUCGAAAACUUGAAGCAAUAAAGUAUUUGAUUUUUUUCUGCUGCUGCCGCAACAUAAUGGAUAUAUCGCCAAUUGGAUUACUUUUGCUUGAGAUGAGGCCGCACAGCAAGCCGACAUAGGGCGACAUCGGGAAAUUGGGAAAUUGGGAUCCACUUGUCUUCGGGGCACCGCCCACCAACGCCCACCGACGCCCCCGCGACCGCCCCCAAAUGCCCCAGCGCACCUUCAAACACCAUAAAUGCGUGCCAAAAGCAGCAAACUGGGAACUAAUGCAAAUUUGGUCAAUGCCAUCGAUAUCGAUGCUAAUGGCAAUAAAACUCUAUACAUCUAUCGCAUUCGCUGUAAGAUAAAAUCAAAAUCGCCCAGAUAAAGUCGGCCAACUGAGAGACUGCUUCCCCGAACUCCUCCAUUUACCUGUGACAAGUGCGGCGGCCAAUUAAUAAUUGUUUAAACUGAAUAUAAAAUGCGCCCGAGUGCGCGGCCAACAAAAUACAACAACAAGAACAUCGAGUGGCACGUCGGUCAACGUGCAACAAGUGAAGCAGCGCAGAACUGCAGAGUAACACUUUUUGAUAACUUUACACUGCCUUACGGUUAACAUUAAUCAAUUAUAAUACUAGUUUACAAAUUACGCGUAGUUCAAUAUACAAACUAUACGAGAAAGCAAAAACAAUCAAAAUUUAUAUAUUUACAACAACGAAACCUUUUACAACAAACCUUUACAAAGUGAAAAGCAAACCGCAUUCAGCAAAGUCGAGGAUCCUCAGCGAGCAGCGACAAGGAAAAGCGAAAGACUCCAAAACCAAGCCAAAAUAAAAUUAAAACUACAAAUAUAUCUAUAUAUAUACAAGAGGAUUUUGAAAUCUUUACACUUUGUUAAGUGCGUCGAAGAACUAACAAAUUUACACAUCCACAUGGAACCUUUUGUCUUCACCUUUCGAGCGAUCCAAUAACCAGAAGCAAGAAGACUAAAGCGAAAAUCUGAAAGAACCAAACCAAAACCGUCUGAAAUAAAGUGCCUAAAUCAACAUUUUCACACAAAUCUUGUGAGGAAAUUGUACAGCGAACGGACAUCCAAAUUUGAUACCAAGUGUGAUAGGUAUACAGAUCGAUUGAAAGUUCGAGACAGACAGACAGUGUUCAAGGAGAGCAGUAAGAGCCACGACUAGUGGACACUAGAUACCUUUUCCUGGUUUGAGAAGCGAGGAGUACCCUGGACCUGGGUGGCAUCAAGAUUGAGCAGAACUUUCGCGACUGGCAGGGGUACUCAGGAAACGGCUACACGCUGGCAGUUAACAGUAUUUGCAGUGCAGGCUUUGCCCUAUCAGCGAUGCCCUUUAUCGACGAUGCACUGCUCUGGUGUCCAGAUAACGAUGGUCGUCUUGUUGGAGGUCUAGACUUGGGCACAUGCAUAGCCGACGAUUCUACGGCGAACGGAACGGAGAACCUGAACCCCUCGAUCCAAUCGGCUGGCAACCCAAGCAACCCGCAGCAGAGCGUCGGAGUCGGCGAGGUGCUGGGAUCCGUGGAGUCCGUCGGAAGCGAACUGAAUGGAGCGGCGGCCCGCAACGUGAACGUGGUGGUGGAACCGCUCUGCGGCGGCGACUCCUCCGACGAGCUCUUCCGCAGCUUCUCCGAGAGCAACUUCGAGAUCGAGAGCCUGCUGUCCGAUUUGGCCACCGUCGAGGUGAAAGUCGAAAAUGAGGAGAACAACAACAAUGUCAUCACCGACGAUGACUUCGCCAGCGUCGCCGCCGCCGUGGUGGCCAACGAUGAUCUGCUAGCCAAAGAGAACGCCCAGCUGAGUGCCCAGGGCCUGGUCGAUUCGGUGGCCGCCAGUCUGGCCGAUUCCGGCGAUGCCGCUGCUCAGCAGGCGCUCCUGACCUUCGGCUCCUCCAGCUCGGCGGCCUCGGCCAUUGCAGCCGCAGCCGCUGCUCUCUGUGGCGAUUUGAUCAACAACAACAACAGCAGCAGCAGCAGUGGCAACCAUGGCGGCGGCGGCGGCGGAGGAGGAGCUGGUUCCGGCGGCGGAGUAGCCGGCGACUGUGCCACCAAGCUGGAGUACGCCCUCAUGGGCGGACAGCCGCUGGCGGAGGAGCCGCGCUUCGUGACCAGCGCCGCCGCCAAUCCGCUGCUCGUCGAGAAGCUCAUGUCCAAGUGCCUGAACAUCGAGAAGCGCAUGGACAAACUCAGCGACACUGAAAUUCCUAUUGUCAAACAAUCGACGAGUCCGGCCCCGCAGCAGCAACUGCAGCAGCAGCAACACCUGCAGCAGCACCAGCAGCAGCAGCCGCUCAACGGCUCCACCUUCAACGGCGCCACCGCGCUGCUCCACAUAAAGACGGAGCAGAAUGCGCUGCUCACACCGCUCCAACUGCAGCAGCAGCAGCAGCAACAGCAGCAGGCUCUACACGGUGCAGCAGGCAACGGAGGUGGCAGCGGCAACGGCAACAAUGCCCACCAGCAGCAACAGCCGCUGGCCAUCCCGCACCGCCCGCUGCUCCACAACCUGCUCAGCGGCGGUGCCAUCCACAAUCCGCACCACAGAAACUACACGACGGCCACAACAGGUUCAUUUCCGCCCAGUCCCGCGGACAGCGGCGUCUCCGACGUGGACAGCUCCAGUUCCGGCGGCCAGCCCUGCGCCGACGAGCUGAAGGCGCGGCUCGGGAUGCCACCAGCCACCUCGGCGUCGGCAGCGGCCGCGGCAGCAGCGGCGGCGGCGGCAGCGGCACACCUGCACACGGGCACCUUUCUGCAUCCGAAUUUAUACCAGAACAAUGCGGCGAAUUCGCUGCGGAACAUAUGGAAUCGCAGUGUUGGGGUGCCCGACAACUACUACGGAAGCAGUGGCGCCGGCAGUGGGGGCGCACACCCAGGUGGUCCAGGAAACCCCCAAGCGCCGGGCUACCUGACAACGUCCUACUUCAACACACCGACGGCGGCGACGGCAGCGGCGUCCCAGCGAGGAGCCACCAUCAACGGCUAUCAUUCCCUGCACCAGCAGCAGCAGCAGCAGCAACAGCAGUCGCAGCAAUCGCAGCAGCAACAGCAACUGGCCCACCAGCAACUGUCGCACCAGCAGCAGCAGGCAUUGCACCAGCAACUGUCGCACCAGCAGCAGCAGCAACAGCAACAGCAGCCACACCCGCACUCCCAGCUGAACGGUUCGCAUCCGCACUCACAUCCGCACUCCCAACCGCAUUCGCAUCCGCACGCGGGCCAGCACACGCAUUCCACAAUCGCUGCAGCGGCGGCAGCAGCAGCGGCAUCCGUCGUCAGCAGCAGCAGCAGCGCCGUUGCAGCGGCAGCAAUGCUCAGCGCCAGUGCAGCGGCAGCGGCAACGGCGGCAGCUGCAGCGGGCGGAUCCCAGAGCGUUAUCCAGCCGGCGACGUCCAGCGUCAGCUACGAUCUCUCCUACAUGCUGGAGCUGGGCGGAUUCCAGCAGCGCAAGGCGAAGAAGCCGCGCAAACCGAAGCUGGAGAUGGGCGUGAAGCGGCGCAGCCGGGAGGGAUCCACCACCUACCUGUGGGAGUUCCUCCUGAAGCUGCUGCAGGAUCGCGAGUACUGUCCGCGCUUCAUCAAGUGGACGAACCGGGAGAAGGGCGUCUUCAAGCUGGUCGACUCGAAGGCGGUGUCCCGCCUGUGGGGCAUGCACAAGAACAAGCCGGACAUGAACUACGAGACGAUGGGCAGGGCGCUGAGGUACUACUACCAGCGCGGCAUCCUGGCCAAGGUGGAUGGCCAGCGGCUGGUCUACCAGUUCGUGGAUGUGCCCAAGGACAUCGUCGAGAUCGACUGCAAUGGUGUGUGAAGUGAUGAGAAGGACGAUUAGGACGAUGAGGCCUGUAAAUAUAGUUCGAUCCCAGAUCCGAGAUCGGGAAGAUCUGGAAGAGCUGGAAUGGCAAUAGGUUCUGGGUGGGGGGUAUCAAUCAACCGGCUAGCGGCAAUAGUGGCUGAAGGCCACGCGAGGUGGGGAUUUCUUUGUACAUGCGUUGAGUUUCUUGGUUAGCCAGCGAUAAGCAUAGGUUACACACAUAGCUGAUAGUCCCAAUACGCGUACAUAUACUUAUAUACUCGUAUAUAUAUUCACACCCUGUGUCCUGUACCCUAUACAUACACCCAGCUAAAUCGGCGGUAAUUAAUGAUCUAUUCAUGGGCGUUAGUGUUGUACUUGUAACUGUAGUUUUAACUUUAAACUGUAAACUGUAAACUGUAAACUGUAACUGUAAUGAAUAUUGUUAUUAUUGGUUAUUAUUAUUAUUACUAUUACGAUUAUUACUAUUAUAAAUAUUAUUAUUAUUAUUAUUAUCGCUACUGCUAUGGCGGAAGGACGAAGGACGACCGAAUUGAUUCAUAUUGAUAUUCGAUAGACGUGUGUAAUAUGUAAAAAAGAAGUACGAACCCCGAUAGCUGCAAGAAUUUCUCUAUCUCCAUUGAUCUAAUACUAAAUCUAAAUGUAUAUGAGUAUGUAUAUGCCUAGCCUAAUGCCCUUUCAACUGUCCCCUAGCCCAACCCGCUGCCCAAGGACGAGCUCAUUGCAGAGGAUAAAGGAUAUAUAUAUAUCCGAACAAUAUGCGUGGGUCUCUGUGCUUGGGCUAAUUGUUUUUGUUGCUUAUUUUAUAAACGAAGAGAGAUGGAAAUUUAUUAUUUCAUAGUUUUAGCUAUUUGUACGACUACGUUUAGGAUAUUUAUUUAAGUGUUUCUCCAGCUACACCCCUGAACUCCCCCCAAAAACCACAAAAAAACACACACACACAUCCUAACUGGAGCUAAGAACCCAGCAAAAUGGUGGUCUAAACUUUCUUGUAAUUAUUAUUUGAUAAGUUUUGUAUAUUUACAACCCUAAAACAUCAACAGCAGAAGAGCUCACAGGAUACACGCGAAGAAGGCACUCCUUGAGCCAUCGUUUAAGCAGUCUUAGAACGCCAAACCAAACUCAACUCUCUCGAUCUAAAGUUUAUUUAUACAGCGUAAAGCAUAAAGUUUAACUAUUGUAUUCUUGUUAACGUCACACUGCCACAAAUCGAAGAAACAAGCCUUACAAAAUGAAACAGAUCUGAACAUUUAAUCGAACAGAAACGAGACACCACUGACCCAUAUCCAUAGUUUCAACUAUAGUGCAACCGCAAUCCUCAAUGCAAUAUACCGACAACUUCUACAACAAUUUCCAAACACUGCCCAAAACGUGCAAUCUCUUGAAAGGAAACCUUGAACCUUGAACCUUGAAUAGGAAAAGAGAAUAAAACCAACUCCUAGUUCUUUAGUCUAUUUCUUUAAUAGUUGCGUUCUCUAAGUACCUUUAUCUAUUAUUAUUAUUAUGUGUACGUGAAGAUGAAAUCUACAAUAUAUCAUUUUGUUUAUGAUGAUUGGUGAUUGAUGAUGCAAAUAAACAAAGUGAGUCUUGAGUUCAACUCUCUGUUCAUUGUAAACAA